CGUCAAAGAAUUCAGUUAUUCACAGUUUCUCAAAGGGAAACAUGUGGAUGACUGCCUAAGGAGCCCUCUGGAUGAAUCUUCAGGAGAAUGAGUUCCCAGCAGUGUUGAUCUGUUUUCCGCGAGAGUUAACCACUUCUUCACCUUUUCUUCCAGAACUCCCUUCACCACACUUGCCUAGUGUUGAUUUUAUAAGUCCCUUGUACAAACCUUUGGACUACUACUACCGACCUCUGGAUUUGUCCGCCAUUCUGGGCUAUCCCGUCCCAAACCGCGACGAUGUGCAGACGUUCCUGCCCAUGGCUCCAUGGGGCCAUAUUCUCAGGGGCGACCCAAAGGGAUACUCGCCUCAUUCACCAGGGCAGAACGACUUAGCGAAGGCUGGGCAGGUGGAGACUGCUCAGACCAUGUGCCACGUUGCUCUUGACGAGUGCCAGAAGGAUGAGGGAUGUCGUCCACUGCUUGACGGUGUCAUGCUGUGGUGUGAGCACGCUCACUGUGAACCUGACCGCUGUCGUACCGCUCUGCAGGAGUUCUACCAGCGAGUUAGCGUCUUACGUCGUCUACAGGUGGCCUUCUGUGUUUGUAGACAAAGUGAUCCUGACGGGGAGUGUCUGACAGCCAUGAGAAAGCUUCACCCUACAUGCGCUGAAAGACAUGCUGGAAGAGAUCCCAUGAGAUGCCACAAGAUCGCCGACCACUGUCGCAAGAGCAGCGUCUGCAGAAAGAAACUGCAAGAGUAUGAGCAGAAGUGUGCAGCAGACGCGGUGACUGGCCGCUGUUCAGACACGCACAGAAGCUGUCAACAAGCUGUAAUGAACAUCCUAGGCACGGAACUGCACGCCACCUGUGUGUGUAAAGGCACGGACUUUCUGCACCAGCACGACUGUUACACCUGGCAGAAGUUGCUCUGGUCCAACCCCUGUGUCAUUGAAUCCCACUUGAAGUUACAUGAAGAGAUAAACAGUGGUGCGAGUGAGGAGCUGGACGAGAUGUUUCGCCAGAUGACCCCCGCCCACACCACGCCCGACCCACGACCACCUUACAUCCAGCCCACGCCCGAGGACAGCGACUUCAGGAGACGCGCAAACGGCUACGGAUCAAUUCGAUACAGACCGCAAGAGCCAGAUCUGGGUCCUCGGCCCUCUGAGACCUACGCUAUCGACCGCAACAACAAAUGGGAAGGAGGUCGCCUGCCGGGGAUAUCAACGGACAGGAAGACCUCGGGAGGGAUUGGAAUACCCUUCGAUCGAAACGGAGAAGUUCACGUGCCCCCGAGGACUAUUGGAGGUCACAACAUGAACAUCAAUCUAGGAGGCAGCAACGGCAUUCGUUACCCAACAGAGGACACUCACGACAUUCUCGAGAAAGGAGGAUUGGGUACCCACAACCUCGGUCCUCCAAUAAGCCCAGGAGUGGACGGUGUCCCUCACGGAAGAGAGAGAUUUGGCGGUGGUGUUGGUGUUGGAAGAACCAGAAUGGGCAGCGGUAUUAACAUCGGCAGGGGCAGAAAUGGCGGUGGCGGUAUUACUAUAGGCAGGGACCGCAACAGGGGCGCUGUUACCAUCGGCAGGGAUCACGGAGGCGGCAUCAGGGUUGGGGUAGACCGCCACGAACCAGACGGGGACCUGUGGAACCGUAACCGAGCGACUGGUCUGGGUGUGAGUCCAGACCGCAGCGGUGUGGACAUCUAUAACCCAGACCAAAAUGGAAACAAUUAUAGGAAUCGUCCUCGCGGCGAGAUAGGACAUGGGGGAACGUCCAUAGGAGAAACAGACGAGGGCGUGGUACUCGGCAGAGAGAAAUGGAGAGGCACCGGGCAUGGGGUAGGCCGUGUGGGUAGGCCUGGCAAGUGGCCUCUCGGCAAAGAACUGUACCCGGUGCCACCAGAGGAAGAGCGAGAGACUCGAACCCGUGCCCCUGGAUACCUUCCUGAGGGGCAACUUCCUUACGUCACCCCGCCCGUCUUCGUGGCAGUGACCUCCACGCCCCCGCCCAUGCCCGCGGGGGGCGCCUACCCCACCACCGUCAUCACUACCCCUACCGUCCCUAGGCGAACCUGCUCCAUGAAGAUUGGAGACAUGACCACCUUGAGGAUCCCUGAAGGAAGCACAAAAAGACACUACAAGGACUCUGACUGCUCUGAGCUGUGUCAGUGCCACUCUGCCGACGAGGACAGAGAGCCACAGGCCUCGUGCAUAACGCUGGCGUGCAUGGACAACAAGUCUUGCAACACCACCCAGGCUCACUACCCUCACACAGCUCCUUACUACCUUGCUUACAGAGGCAACUGUGUUUGUUAUGGCGGUAACUUCAUCUGUCAAAAACCUGAUCCAGAAGAGUAUAGCCUGGGCCCCGGUAUUUACCUCUUCCUGGGCUACAGCCGCGGGGAGGUUAAGAUCCUUCAACCUCACACCUCCACCAAUGAACAUGAGGCCGUCAAGUUUCUCGAGGCCAUCCUUAUCAGAGAUUACGGAUUCAAGUGCACGCUGGAGACGAAGCACCACCUGGGCGAGAACUUCAUCAUCCUGGCAGAACUCACUAUCAAUCCGGACACUUACAUCGGUUCUUACGCCAAGCAACGCAAAGAGAAGGAGGAGUGUGCUGGGCCCCUACAGAAGCUUGCAGACAAAAUCAAUGCGAGACCUCGUCACCCUGACAUCAUCACAGAUUCCAUUCUCUCCAUGUUUAUCCUUGCUGAAGUUGAUGUUAACAUCCCCGAAGCCCAGACGUCCCUGUCCGCCGCUCCUGUUUCCGUUCGUCUCGACCUGUUGGCUUUCCUAUCCAUGCUCAUUGGUCUUCUGCUGUUCUCCUACUGCGGUAGUGUCACCCUCACUACGGCCGCCACCUGACGGCUCCACUGAACACAAAGGGUGAUGCAUGGAGAUCUCGGACACCUCGAAGUGAGGCCACGAAGCUUCGAUCAGAGUGUUGGUUGAGGAACUUGGAGACGCACAAACUUAACAUUGGUUCUGGACCUCUGGGGAAGAAAGAAACUUUCUCUCUUGAUAAAUGCAGUUGUGUCUUGUAGUCAGGCAGUCUUUUAAGAGAAAUAUAAAAAAAGAAUUAUAGUAUUUUUGAUAAGUUCUUUUAGAGGACAUAUUAGUCAGUAAUAUGAUGUGACAGUGUAUAAUAAUAUUCCCCGUUCAUUUUACCAAAACGCUCUAUUUUUACACCACUUUAACAGAUCCACAAGUGCUUUUUUGAUCCCAGAGUGGUGAUGCUGACAUGCCCUUCAACGCAGGGUUGAGUGCCAAAACCCAACACAGAAAAUAAACCCAGUGAUACAGUCCUUUUGCAUUAAGAGGACACGCCAAGUCCACCACACACUGUAUGAUGAGAGCUCACACAACCCAGAGUAGAGUAAGGUAACAUCAGUCAAGGUUGGUGGACUGAGAAGUCAGCUCGAUAAUGUCAGCUAGUGGGAUGGUGAAGCUAAAACUUCCUGGAGAGGAAAGAAGGCAAAAUAAGAGUUCAUACAAAACACUAGAGAAUGGAAAAAAAAAAUUUAUGAAGACAGACACCUUCAGCCAUGUGGA